UCACGUGAGACGGCGGGUGGUGAUGGCGGCGCAUCUCAGCUCGGGGCGCGUUAACCUGACGGCACUGCGCGAAGCGGGGCGCAGGGAGCUGCGCGAGUUCCUCGAUAAGUGCGCGGGCUCCAAGGCUAUCGUGUGGGACGAGUCGCUGACCGGGCCCUUCGGGUUGAUCGCGCAGUACUCGCUGCUGAAGGAACAUGAGGUGGAGAAGAUGUUCACGCUCAAGCCGGGCCGCCUGCCGCAGGCAGAUGUCAAGAACAUCAUCUUCUUCGUCAGGCCCAAGCUGGAGCUGAUGGACAUCAUCACGGACAACGUGCUCAGGGAGGACAGAGGCCGUUCUCCCCAGAGGGACUUCCACAUCCUCUUCGUGCCACGCCGCAGCCUGCUGUGCGAGCAGUGGUUGAAGGAGCAGGGUGUGCUGGGGUCCUUCAUCCACCGAGAGCAGUACAGCCUGGACUUGAUACCCUUCGACGGAGACCUGCUCUCCAUGGAGUCUGAGAGUGCGUUCAAGGAAUGUUACCUGGAGAGUGACCAGACGAGUCUGUACCAUGCGGCAAAGGGGCUGAUGACGCUGCAGGCUCUCUACGGAACCAUCCCACAGAUUUUUGGGAAGGGCGAGUGUGCCCGGCACGUGGCUAACAUGAUGAUCAGGAUGAAGCGCGAGUUCCCUGGAAGCCAGAACUCGAUAUUUCCCGUCUUUGAUACGCUCUUGUUGCUGGACCGCAAUGUUGAUCUGCUGACGCCAUUAGCUACGCAGCUGACGUAUGAAGGGCUGAUAGAUGAAAUCUAUGGAAUUCAGAACACAGGUAGUAAGGAAAACUCCAGAGAGGCAUUUAUGGAUUUUAAUCCUUCCUGCUGUACUGAAGACUGGCCGGAAUCCUGUCUCCAAACCUCUUUGAAAGCAGGGUGGCUAACACUGGGGUUCUGGUCACCUUAUGUGAAACUCCCUCCUGAGAAGUUUGCCCCAAAGAAGCAGGGCGAGGGUGGGAAGGAUCUCCCCACAGAACCCAAGAAGCUCCAGCUGAACUCUGCUGAAGAGCUGUAUGCUGAAAUCCGAGACAAGAACUUCAAUGCUGUGGGGUCAGUGCUGAGCAAGAAAGCCAAGAUCAUCUCAGCAGCCUUUGAGGAAAGACACCACGCGAAAACCGUUGGAGAGAUUAAGCAGUUUGUCUCACAGUUGCCACACAUGCAGGCAGCAAGAAGUUCUCUAGCAAACCACACCUCCAUUGCAGAGCUCAUCAAAGAUAUCACCACAUCUGAAGAUUUCUUUGAUAAUUUAACAGUGGAACAAGAGUUCAUGUCUGGAAUAGACACAGACAAGGUUAACAAUUACAUUGAAGACUGCAUAGCUCAAAAACAUCCAUUAAUCAAGAUCUUACGUCUCGUUUGCUUGCAAUCUGUAUGCAAUAGUGGACUGAAGCAGAAGGUUCUGGACCAUUACAAAAGAGAGAUCCUCCAGACUUAUGGCUAUGAACAUGUAUUGACCUUAAACAACUUAGAAAAGGCUGGACUCCUGAAACCUCAGACAAGUGGUAGGAAUAACUACCCAACGAUCAGAAAAACCCUGCGCUUAUGGAUGGAUGAUGUUAACGAACAGAACCCAAACGAUAUUUCCUAUGUGUACAGUGGCUAUGCUCCACUGAGCGUACGUCUGGCACAGCUACUGGCUCGGCCAGGGUGGCGGAGCAUAGAGGAGGUGUUAAAGAUGCUGCCAGGUCCCCAUUUUGAAGAGAGACAGCAGUUACCUACUGGCCUUCAGAAAAAGCGUCAACACGGUGAGAACCGAGUCACUCUGGUGUUCUUCCUGGGAGGUGUAACGUAUGCAGAAAUUGCUGCACUGCGAUUUCUGUCCCAGAUGGAAGAUGGAGGCACAGAAUAUGUCAUUGCCACUACAAAACUCAUCAAUGGAACAAGCUGGAUUAAAUCCUUGAUGGAAAAACUGGAGCCUGCCCCUUUCUAGGGUUUGUGGCGAGAGACAGUGAAAGUGAGAGGCCCUGUGCGACGUCUUCUGGCAUGGCUGCUUGAACGUCAGCAAAAUAUGACAGUGAAAGAAGCUCUCCCAAGACCAGCUCAUCAUGCAAUUACCCUCAUCCCUCUCUGCACUUGUUCUGACUGUGGAAUUUCCUAGUAGACAAGCAGUUCUGAAAGGCACUAAAAACGAAAUACACAGUGGAAGAAAGAGAGAUCCCUGCUCGUGGUCUGAAAUGGCAAAUGAGCGCUGUGGGAGUGGGGGUUUGCCCUGGUCCUUCUAUUUGCAAAUUGCUUCUUUUCUUUCUCUCAGUUUCAUUUUAGUGGGAGAUGUGAUUACUUCUUUUCACCCUCCUCAGGUGCUGAGGAGGCAGGAUGUUUUCUGUUCCUGAUUUCAUACCAGUGUUCCCAGUCUGUCUGUCUCUCUGGUGCCUGAUACAUUCCAUCAAUGCACUGGAUCUGUUUCUGUCAGAGAUCUGUACCCAGGGUUCAGUUUCCUGCUCAUCUUUCUGGUGAAAACCAACGAAUCUGUGCUUCCCCCAGCUCCAGCACAUUCACAUCAACAGACAGCAGCAAGGGCCAGGCCACAGUAGCUAAAUUUUUUCACAUCCUUGGCAUCUGAUUGUACAACAGAAAGAGAAUUGCUGUGAAGGGGAAGAAGUAACUUUUUUAGGUUUAGAAACUUUGUGGCUCUCAGGCAUCUAGAAUAAUGCACUGGCAGGUGCUGUACUCCAACAAGCUCUCUGUUACAGUUAGUUACCUGUAGGCCACACAAGUCCGCUGUCCUGUGUGCUCUGGCCAAGGCAUUCAUUGGGUUUCCUGCAGCAACAGCUAAACCUUAAACUAUCCACAUGCAUGUCAACAGCAGUGACUACUAAUACAACCAAAUGCAUCCAGAGUGUGAGGGAGACAGUUGAACCUUUAAAUUCAAUCACUCUCUCAAGGGAUUGGUGUGAGGUGGCUUGUUUGUCCUAGGUACACCCACCUGACUCUGGAAGGCUACUCCAGAGUAUGAAUUACAUCAGUGUGUCAAGAGCUUGUGUUGGAAGACACACACAAACACUCCCCGCGUGAGACUCAGGCCAAAAAUAGCUAGGUCAGUGACCUAGUAAACAGUGGGUUUGAAACAGACACUUUUUUCACCCCCCUGUUCAGUUUAUAAAUUGUACUUGCUGCCACAAGCUGUUGUAGAGCUCAGACUUAGAAAAUGGAAUUUUCCAUGGUCUUUAUAGCUGGGUCUUUGGUGUUGCUGAGCCAGUGUGUGCAAGAGGCAGCUUCUGGCUCCAAAAGACUCAGCCUUGCUAAGUGCCAAAGGCUGGGAAGGCAGACCAGGGCUCAUGGCUUGUGCCUGUGCUGCUACACCUCAGCCCCUUGCCUGCUCACUGUCACUAUACCCACAUGCUUCAACAGCAACCACUGGGGACUCUGUUUCACACUGCAUUUCACUCUUAAGAACAACUUAAAACCCACCCCACACCUUAAAUCACUCUCUUUGCAAACAUUUCUGAUCUUAGUUAUCCUGCAUUAUGCAUAAUAUGUCCCAAAAAACCUUUCAUUUUUCCAAGCAGUUAUGACUGUGGGUUUCAGUCUCUUGGUUUUUUGCCAGGUUGAGUUCUGCCAAAUCGGCCCCUUCACAGAGCCCCUCUGUCUGUUUAACUUCAGUUUACUUAUUAGAAUAAAGCAAAAUUGUAUUUGAUCUUUGAUUGAACGUGUUUGCUCACACUCUCUUUCUCUGGAAUACAAAAAUAAAUAAAAUAAACCCCUG